AUGGGGGAAACAAGAGCUGGGAUGCAAAUGUUGGGAAAAAUUGAAGGGAAAUUGGUGAGGCUUGAUGAGGUAAUGUAUAACACAGUUAUUGAUAGUUUAUGUAAAGAUAAAUGUGUUAACGAUGCCUAUGAGUUAUAUUUUGAAAUGAUUGCAAAGAGAAUUUCUCCUGAUGUUGUCACUUUCAAUUCUCUAAUCUAUGGAUUUUGUAUUGUUGGUCAAUUGAAAAAAGCGUCUAGUUUUUUAAAUGAGAUGAUGUUGAAAAACAUCUACCCGGAUGUUUGUACUUUUGCUAUAUUGGUCAAUGCUCUUUGUAAGGAGGGAAAUGUGAAAGAAGCUAAGAAUCUAUUAGUUGUGAUGAUGAAAGAAGGUGUAAUACCUGAUGUUGUUGUUUACAAUUCAUUAAUGGAUGGGUAUUGUCUAGUUAAUGAAGUGAAUAAGGCCGAACAUAUGUUAGGAACUAUUUCUCGAAUGGGAGUGGCACCUAAUGUUUGGAGCUAUAGUAUCAUGAUUAAUGGAUUCUGUAAGAUGAAAAUGGUCAAUAAAGCCUCGAGUCUCUUUAAUGAAAUGUGUUGCAAAGGAAUUGCUCCUGACACGGUGACUUACAAUUCUCUCAUUGGCGGUUUGUGCAAAUCAGGGAGAAUUUCACAUGCUGGGAAGCUUGUUGAUGAGAUGCAUGAUAAUGGUCAACUAGCUGAUAUAUUCACAAGGCUAUUGCAUUAG